ACCCUAGCAAACAAUAAAUACCCAAGUCAAAUAUUUGACUUCCUCACUCCUCAUUUUCCUCCAAUAACAAAUCUUAGUGGUGAAGAGUGAAGACCACCCACUUAUGGUGGACCAUGGAGUAGGAGAAUGUUGAAAACAAGCAUAUAUAUUUUUGUCUAUAUAUUUGGUGUCAUUGCAUUGGUGUGGAGGGUUGUGAUAAGGUGUAAACAAAACAUGAAGGGCACCGUUAGGUACUUGGCUGGGAUUGCAGGUCAAAGUGGAUAUGGAUCAAAGUCAACUGCUGAACAAGUUACUCAAGAUUGUUCUUCACUUCCUCCUCAUCUCACUGCUAUUGUCACUGGAGCUACAUCCGGAAUUGGGGCAGAGACCGCACGUGUGUUAGCAAAGAGAGGGGUGAGGAUUGUGAUUCCUGCAAGGGAUCUACGAAAGGCGAGUCAAGUGAAAGAAAAUAUACAAAGGGAGACCCCGAAUGCUGAGAUUAUAAUUUUGGAGAUCGAUCUCAGUUCAUUUGCUUCAAUCAGGAAAUUUUGUUCUGAGUUUUUGUCGUUAGACAUACCACUUAAUAUUCUCAUAAAUAACGCAGGGAAAUUUUCCCAUAAGCUGGAGUUCUCAGAAGACAAAUUUGAGAUGACUUUUGCUACAAAUUACUUGGGUCAUUUCUUGUUAACGGAACUCGUGUUAGAAAAGAUGAUAGAAACCGCAAAACAAACGGGAGUUGAAGGAAGAAUAGUAAACGUUUCUUCUGUAAUUCACGGCUGGGUGAAAAAAGACCAUUUCAGUUUUAACGGAAUGCUUCAACCAAAAUAUUAUAAUGCCACACGAGCAUAUGCACAAUCAAAGUUGGCCAACAUAAUGCAUGCUAAUCAACUUGCAAAACAACUAAAGGCAAUGAAUGCAAAUGUAACAAUCAACGCAGUACAUCCAGGGAUUGUGAAAACCGGAAUCAUCAGGGAUCAUAAAGGCGUUAUUACAGAUUCAAUUUUCUUCAUUGCUUCUAAGUUUCUGAAAACUACGUCACAAGGUGCAUCAACUACAUGUUAUGUUGCUUUGAGCCCGAAAACGAAAGGGGUGACCGGUAGAUAUUUUGCGGAUUGUAAUGAGAUCCGGUGUUCAUUGCUUGCGAAUGAUGAUUCGGAAGCGCACAAGUUGUGGAAACAAACUCGGGCGCUCAUCCAUAAACGAUGUCUACGAGUACAACUAUGACCUUGAAUUUUUAUUAUUUUGUGUUCAGUUAUAUAUAUAUACAUGGCUAUGAUCUAGCUCGAUGUAUAUGUGUAGAUAUAAAUGUAUAUCACGACAUUCACCAAGAUGAAAGAUAAAGUACCACAAGUAAUUAGUUGAUUGGUUGCUACCAUGGCAGCUAAAUGUGAUCAUUUAUUAUAAUUAAUAAACCAUUGGUUUCCAUAAA